AUGUCGUCGUCGACUGCUAGUGCCCAGCACCAGCAGCAGGCUCAAGGACUACCCUCCAUCAGUAGCCUCACCAAUGGUCUGUCGGCACCCGCUUCCAUUUCACCGGACCAGCAAUCAAUUUCUGACAACGUUCGAGACUCUGGCACUUGGCCUCAGCCUCAAAGCAAGCACAAUUCUGCAAACAGCCAAGGCCUUCAGGUCCACACUCUGCUGAAUCCUGAUGAGUCGCCCUCACGGCAGUCAAUCCCCAACACGCCGCUUUCUGCGCGCGUCCCAUCCUCGGCGGGCUCUGUUCUGCCAUCCAUCAACCAAGGGUUCAGUGACAAUUCCAACCGCGACAGCUACAAUCGCGACCACCUUGGCCGAGAGAUCAACCGCGACAGCUAUAACAGCAGAGACAGCUACAACCGAGACAGUCUAGGACGUGAACUUAAUCGUGACAGCUAUGGCCGUGACAGCAGAGACCUGGCACCUCAUCUUGACUCGCGACGUAGUAGUGUCGACAGCCGCAUGCAUCAAGGCCUCGGCAACUUGUACAUCAACAGUAACAUGGGUCCGGGCUCCCCCUACGAGAGCGCAAACACUUCUCAGGUGUCUCUGGCAGCCAGCCUACGCCGUCCCAAUGGUCAACCGCUGUCCCCGCUCAGUGCACGCUCCAGCGUGCGAGGGCAUCCUGCGCCUCGUAUAGCACCUCCCAUCAUGCCCGUAGGACGGGGUCCUGACGUUCCCGAUCCGACKGCAGCGAAGCCCACUCAAGGUUAUGCAUGGGCUUUCCCAGACAGCGCGAUUCCCGAGGAAAGGAGAGGCYCCGAUAGUGGCGAAUCGAGUGUCGACCACAAUGUGUCGAGGCAGAACAGUUUCGCCGCUUCCUCGAUGCGGAGUAGCAUAUUCUCGACCGACGCACAACUAUCACAAGACCCCAACAAUACCACACAUCAUCAUUCGAUGCAGCAUCGGGCAAUACAGAGUCUACAGAAUGAAGGACUAACACCACAGGGUGUGGGAAACUACAGCCGAACUCCCGAGUUGCGAGUCAGUCACAAGCUCGCGGAAAGAAAACGACGCAGCGAGAUGAAGGAUCUGUUCGAAGAUUUGAACAAGGCCGUUCCGUCGAAUGGUGGCACCAAAGCCAGCAAAUGGGAGAUUCUUACCAAAGCGAUCGAGUACAUCCGCUCUACUCAGCACAAUGAACGUAGCCUACACAAUGAGGUCCGCCGUCUGCAGAUCGAAAACGAAAAUCUGCGCGAGUGCGGCAAGAACAACGAAAUGAUGAAGACGGAGUUGCAGGUCAUGCACCAGCACCUGCGGCGUCUCGAUCCCAACGCUCCCCACGUCUACGGCCACUUCACGUCGCAGCUAAGUCAGUCGCAAGCGAACGGCAAUCCUGGAAUCGCAUUGCCGCCCCUGAACGCGGCGCAAGGGGUCGGCCAGAAUGCCUCCGCUGCAGCGAUGCAGGGAGUCGAGUACAACAACAACUUUGGAAGGUAG